AAGUUUCGCUGUAUGUAAAAAUAAUUGUUGGGAGGUUGCUGAUUUUGCUAAAUCGAAAGAGAAGGGUAGCAUAUAAAAGGGCAGUUGUGUUUGUACCACAUAUUCAUCAAUACUGUUGAAUCUUAUUACGACGUGAAAAUGUCUGAAGAAUACAAAAUCCUCAAAACAUUGGCCGGAUUACCAAGGACAGUUAGAGGUCGUCCUAUAACAAUUCACAGUGACCCAAAAGGAAAGAACUAUUUAUACUGCAACGGAAACAGCGUAUUUAUUAGAGAUAUAGAGGAUCCAAGUGAAACAGAUAUUUAUACUCAACAUGCAAAAGACACGACUGUUGCUGCCUAUGCACCGAGUGGAUUUUACAUUUGCUCAGCAGAUUUGUCUGGAAAAAUCCGUAUCUGGGAUACUGUAAACAAGGAACAUAUUUUAAAAUAUGAGUAUCAAGCACUAGGUGGUGUCAUUAAGGAUAUUGCUUGGACUGAAGAUAGCAAAAGAAUAGCUGUUUGUGGUGAAGGCAGAGAAAAUUUUGCAAAUGCAAUCAUGUGGGAUACAGGAACGUCAGUUGGAAAACUACAUGGUCCUGCUAAAUCUUGCAAUAACGUAGCAAUUAAGCAAACACGGCCAUAUCGAUUAAUCCUUGCUAGUGAAGAUUAUUCGUCUUACUUUUUUGAAGGACCUCCAUUUAAAUACAAAUCAACUGCCCUUGAUCAUAAAAACUUUGUUAACUGUUGCCGUUUUUCACCAGAUGGUUCCAAGUAUGCAACUGGAGGAGCUGAUGGCAAAUUAUUCCUUUAUGAUGGAAAGACUGGAGAACGGUUGGGUGAGCUCUGUGAAUCAAUUGGUAAAAUUCACAAUGGUGGAAUAUAUGGCAUUGCAUGGAGUCCUGAUAGUAAGCAGUUAAUGACAUGUUCUGCUGACAAAACAGUCAAAGUAUGGAAUAUUGACGAGAAAUAUUAUUCUGACUCAGCAGCUGGAGGCGAUGAAACUUCAAUGGGCUUACAAUGUGUUUUUAAGAUGGGUGAUACAUUAAAUGACAUGCAAGUUGGAUGUGCAUGGAUCGGAGACACUUUACUAAGCGUUUCAUUAAGCGGCUUCAUCAAUUACCUAGAUUUAGAAAACCCUACUUCACCAAAGAAAAUUGUAAAGGGUCACAACAAAUCAAUUGUGGCUUCUUGUAUGAAUGAAGAUCGUUCUGCUUUGAUCACCGCUAGUUUUGAUGGCUUGAUUUGUUACUGGGACUUGGCAACAGGCAUGGCUGAACCAAUCCAAGGUAAAGGACACACUAAUCAAAUCCAAAGAAUGGCAUGCAUGAACGAUGUUGUAAUAACAUGUGGUAUGGACGAUACGAUCAGAUUUGUCUCUUUGACUGACAAAGCAUACAAGGAUACUGUUAUUAAGGCGCCAUCUCAACCACAAAGCGUUUCAGCCGGUGCUCUUGGAAUGGCAGUGGUUGCAUGUUUAAAUGAGCUUUUGGUCAUUCAAGACAUGAGAGUUACACACACGUACAAACUAGAGUAUGAAGCAACUUCUGUAGCUGUGUGUAGUGGCCUGAGCAAAGUGGCUGUUGGUUCUGACGAGGUCACGUCAAAGGUGUUUCUGUACGACAUCGAGGGAGAUCAACUGAAGCAAGUUGAUAGCUUCCCAAUGAGUGGGAACACCACAGAGUUGAAAUUUUCACCAAAUAAUGCACUCCUUGCAGCAUGCUCAGGGAAGAAGCAAGUUAAGAUUGUAGAAACCUCUGACUUUAAGACUGAACGAGCUAACUGGAGCGCACAUGCUGGAAAAGUAAAUUCACUAGCCUGGACACCUGAUUCUCGGCACUUGGCAUCAUGCGGCAUUGAUGGUGCAUUACAUACUUAUGAUGCAGAAAAGGGGAAAAGAGGAAUCGAUAUUAGAGGUGCUCAUUCUCAAUCAGUGGAUGUGACUUCGAUACAAUGGUCAGACGACAACACUUUAAUUACAACCGGCCGACAAGAUUGCAGUGUACGCUUAUGGCAAAUCACACACUAAAAAAUUAUAAACUGUUCAAUUUUCUGUUUUGUUUGUGUAUUAAUUUUUUUGUCGCUAACUCUUUGAUAGCCUUUUUCGAUAAUUUUGUAUUUACGCCUUUAUUUUUUUAAAUUCAACCCAGCAGCAAAAAAAAUCGGACAAUUAAUAAAUAAUGUCAAUUACUUAAACACGGUGUCUUGCUGCCGAUGACGUCAUUGGUUUUGUUCUGUCAUAUUUAUAGAUUUUUAAAUAAACUUGUGUGUGAUUUAUUAUUUGAGUAUUUUGUAGUACGAUGCGAAUUGUAGAUGGAAAAAUAUUUUCUAAGUUACUGUCGAGAAGGUUGUCUUAUUUUGCUA